AUGGUGGUCCUGAGGGCUGGGCUCUGCCCUGGUCUCACCGAGGAGAUGAUCCAGCUUCUGAGGGCCGAGGGCAUCAGGACAGUGGUGGACUUCGUGUCAUCAGACCUGGAGGAGGUUGCCCAGAAGUGUUCCCUGUCUUACAAGGCGCUGGUUGCGGUGAGACGUGUGCUCCUGGCCCAGUUCUCUGCCUUCCCUGCCAAUGGAGCAGACCUCUAUGAGGAGCUCAAGAGCUCCACAGCCAUCCUGCCCACUGGCAUCCCAAGCCUGGACCAGCUGUUGGACUCCGGGCUGUACACGGGGGAGGUGACAGAGCUCAUGGGAGCCCCGGGCAGUGGCAAGACGCAGGUGUGCCUGGGCAUUGCAGCCAGCGUGGCUCUGGACCUCAGGCAGGACGUCCUGUUCCUUGACUCCACGGGGGGGUUCACUGCCUCCCGCCUCUGCCAGAUGCUUCAGGCCCGGACAGAGGACAAGGAAGAGCAG